AUGUCCACAUCCAAUCUAAUCACAGAUCUACAAGAUCAACCCAAAACCUGGACAAAGGGACCACACCUCGUCUCAACAGACCCAUCCCUCAUCCCCAUCGCAACCCUAAACACCUGGUUCGCCAGCGAUGAAGUAUACUGGGCAAAGCCCAUGCCCGAACCCGUCAUACGACAAACCCUACAAAGCUCCAUCAGCUUCGGUCUCUACCGUCAAAGCCAAACACAGACCGACAACUCAACGAAAGAUGAAACCCCAGAUCCGACUUCAGAGGGGCUUGAAUUCAUUGGCUUCGCGCGCUGCAUCACAGACACCACAACAUUCAUCUACCUAACAGACGUCUUUGUCCUCCCCUCAUGCCAGGGCCUCGGACUGGGAUCGUGGCUUUUGGCCUGCAUGCGGGAAAUCAUCGAUGACAUGCCUUAUCUACGGAGAUCGCUGUUGUUCACUGGUGAUUGGAAGCGAUCGGUGCCGUUCUAUGAGAAGUUCCUAGGAAUGCAUGCUAUGAAGAGUACACCUCCGGUUGAUGGGAAGGAUGGCGAGGGGUUGGCUGUUAUGCAGCGGCGAUAUGCCGGGUUUCCUGGGUUUAAGGACUUGUAG